GAAAUAACGUAAACAAUCACAUCGUGGAUAGAUCGGUGGUGUUAAAAUUUUAUGUUUGCAAAGAAAUUUCCGAUUUUCGGGAUUAAAUAGUCAAAGUAUCGAAAUGUUUAACAUAGCUCGCGUUUCUCUGUUAAGGUUACAUAAGAUAAAGAGUCUCCGAGGCCUAUUAUCCAGCAAUGGGUUUUCGAGCGAUUCCAACACACCCGGAGAUGGAAAAGAAAAACCCCAACCGACCAUCAACCAGCGUGAAUCGGAAGAAGACUCCAAAAAGUCAGCUAAAGCACUGAACCGACUGAACGAGCUGCUCGCAAUGAUGAGCACGGAAAGUGAUGUGAAGCUCGUCAAAAAGGUGGACCUACCGCGGCCGAGAGGAAAGAAAGCGAACGAGAAAAAGAAAGAUGCCGAUUCCGACUCCGACUCGGAUGAAGACGAGCGACCGAAGGAUCUAGCGCAGGCCACGCGUAAGGUUGCCAGUGCUUUGGGAGGAGAUGAAAAGAAAACGGAAUCCGAGCUGCUAUCGAAGCUGCUUGGUACGACUUCCCCUACGACCGGUGAAGGCAAUCUCACCGACAUCAUCACGGGUAUGACCGUAGAUAGGAACACGCAAGGCAAGGAGGCCAGAGAUCAGACACGCAGUUCCUUGGUGAAGAAGUCCAUCGAUUCCAAGCGAGGAGGCAAACAGAGACGUGACGGCGACGAUCAAGACCAGCAGCGCACGUUCGGAGCCCCGAGAGAACGCUUCGAGAGACGACGAGCCAGCUCUAAGCUUUUGGCCCAAAGUCCCGGCGGUCCCGGAAGCGUGAAACUGUUCAACGAAGAGCCGCUUGGUAUUUUUACCGAUCUUGCAUCAUUGAAGGAUACCCCGGACAAGCUAUCCACCUGGCAGAAGCUGAACGAUCGGGAACUCCGGCUUGCGGUCACACAUCCACCGGCAAAUUAUUUCCAAAAGAUGGCCAUCUGGACGGAGCAGGGUAAGCUGUGGAAGUUUCCCAUCAACAACGAGCAGGGCCGCGAGCAGGAAGCACAGGUGCCCUUCACGGAACACGUGUUCCUCGAGGAACAUCUGGAAUCGUGGUGCCCCCGUAAGGGUCCCAUCCGACAUUUUAUGGAGCUCGUCUGUGUGGGUCUCUCGAAAAACCAUUACAUUACGGCUCAGGAGAAACGUGACCACAUCUUCUGGUUUAGAGACUACUUUGAACAGAAGAAGGACAUCCUGAAGGACAUUAUCGUGCAGGAGGAGGCCAAACCCAAGGAGAUUGAGAAAUAAAUCUAUAAUCAAUCGCGUAGUUAUGAGCCGAGGAAACGCUUUACUUGUUUGUUUCUCAUGAAGAUGACUAAACAAGGGUUUUUUUGAUGUCAUAUAUUUAUUCUUAAAACAAACACUUUUUAAUUAUGAUUCAUCCGUGAUAGGUCUUUCCAACCAGUUGUGUGAGAAGCUUAAAAAUAUUUGACAAUUAAAAGCGUGCGAUUUCAACUGUGGAACCUCAGGAAAAUGUUGGAGAUUUUACGAUUCCUGCGCUUUGUUUGUGUUUUUCACACGCAACAUUAAAAAGGUGCGAUUUACACAAAAUAAAGUCAGAUAUUAAUUUUGAUACUGAGGAUAACUAAUUUUCCUUUUCACCGGUUACGUGGGCUUCAUUUUAACUAAUUAACAUAAUGUGGAAAGAUAUAAAACAAAAUUUAUAAGAUAAAAAAAUCGAAACAAGAAGCUGUAAAUUAAAUUCCCUACUACUAAAAAGUAGAGCUAAUGC